AUGUCAAACCGGCGUCGGCUUGGGCUUCGACUUCCAGUUCCAGACGAUCUUUGGAUUGAAAUCCUGGUAAGCCUACCCGCCAAAUCGCUUUUAAGAUUCCAGUGUGUUUCAAAAUCAUGGAAAUCCAUUAUCUCUAGUCCUACAUUUAUUUCAAUGCACGCCCAUCAUAGUGAGAGCACCCACAAUCACGCUCACCACCUUCUACAUUGCUAUGCUUAUCAAGAAGACGGAGUGAUGUAUAUGCAAUACCAAUUAUUCCAUAUCAAUGAUUCAUUCAACGAGUUUCAAAAACUUGAAUAUCCAUGCCAAAUUAGAGGCGGAAGUUAUAAAGUGGUCCUUGAUUGCAAGAGACUAUUACUUUUUGCGCCUUUGGUUAGAAAAAAUGGUUUGGCGUCCCUAGUUCUAUGGAACCCAGCAAUUAGAAUGUCUAUGACUCUUUCUCAACCUUACAAGUUUGAUAGAACCGACAGAAAAUACCUUAUUUACGGGUUCGGUUUUGAUCAUACAAGUAGUGACUACAAGGUGCUGAGAAUGGUGUUAAUUGCCGAGUUAGGUAGUAGAUUAUCCAUGCCGCCGUUUCCAUCUCAUGCGGAGCUUUAUAAACUCCGCACAGGCACUUGGGAGACUGUUAGGAUUGCCGAAGAUUUUCAAUAUACUAUAGCAAAUAGUAGGCAGGCUUUAGUGAAUGGGGCAAGCCACUGGGUUGGAUAUCAUAAAAGAGAUAUGGGGUCCGAUUUUCCUGAAUUGGUGGUUUUGUUGUUUCAUAUGUGUGAUGAGGAAUUCCGAGUGAUGAAGCUUCCGGCUUGUCUAAGUAGUUUGGAUGAACAUUUUACUACAAUUGGGGUUUCUGGUGGAUUCCUUUCUUUGCUGGAGGAUAAUUCGCAAGAUGCCAACGUUUGGUUGAUGAAGGAAUAUGGCGUAGUAGAGUCUUGGACUAAACAACUUACCCUUAAAGAUGGUGGGUUGGUUUGGCCAAUGUUCAGUUUUUGGAACAACAAAAUGAUUUUAGAUUUGAAAAAGAGAAAAGGGUCUAUGGGUUUGUUAUAUGAUCUCAAGACUCAUAAAUUGAUUAAAAAUCUAAGAAUAAGAAGUGAUAAAGUCAACGGAUCUCUUCAUGCCAAUAAUACUUUUGUUGAAACUCUAGUUUUACUCAAUGAAGUACAUGCUAUACGAGAGUGCGAGAAUUGUGUAAGGAAAGACCUGUGGUGCGGCUCAGAGAAGAUCGAAGAAGAGAAAAGAAAGAAUUGUUUGAGAGGAGAAGGCUAA